CUAUACUAACUUUUAUUGCAACAAUUCUUUGAUGUUCAUGAAUGCACCUAAAAAUAUCCUUAUUGUAAGCCUUUGGUUAUGACAACUUUGUUUUUACUGGUACAAAAAAUAUGCCCAGUUCUUCCCUCUCAUAUAAUAAGGUCGAUAUUAGCAUGACAUCAUAAAUUUUAGGUGCCGUUUUGAAAAAGGCAGCAAAGGUCGAUAAUGCACGCGUUAGGAAUGCCAAUUUUCAGACCUAUUGUCUAUAAAAGCGAUGCGCGCACGCAUGGUAUAAGCGAAAGUGAACGAAAAUGAAGGAACUGUUAACAUUGGUGUCGUUGCUGUUGAGUGGAGUGGUGGCAGAAGGUCCAUACGCACCCAGUGGCUGGAGACCUGAUGGACCUGCUUUUGUUACACCGGAGAGGACACAGUUUGUGGCUCCCCAACAGCAGUACUUACCACCAGUGGACCCAAGGAGACCCCUAACACCAAACAACUUCGAUGAAGGCGACGUAUCAGUUCAAGGUCUACCCAGCAUCGAACCUCAGCCAAUAUUCGAAGUGUCACCAAUCAACGGCCAACAGUACACUGGGCCCAGUAUUAAUGCUGAUAUUGGAAGGCUAAACCCCAGUUUUCAACAAGCACAGUACCAGCAACAGCUAGAAAAGGCACGCCAAUUCGCAAGGCAGAGAGAGUUCGAGAACAGACUUGCCAGGGUCCCAAACAACGGAUUACCAAACCAACAAUCACCAAGACAAUUCGCUUCACAAGCAACAACUACCACAACCUCAAGACCCGAAUUUAGAACAACCCAAGCUGAAACAACCACUGAAUCCUUAAAUCUGAACGAAGGGGAAAUUUUAGACGAUGGAAGGAAGGUUAAUACAAAAGACCAAAAAGACAAAGUCGCUGUAGAAGUGACAAAACAAAACCUGCAAGAGUAUCCACCUGAAAUAUUCCUGAAUCCUUUGGCUCAGUUGAAAUUACAGCCACAGUUCGUACCUUUGCAACAAUUCGGUCAACUUAGAGCACCUUUAUUUUACCAACCUGCCCAGUUACAAGACGGCCGAUCAGCAGGCUUUGAUGGACCUGCUCAUCUAACAGCAUUACCGUCAGUGUUGGCUCAGCGAGAGUUAUUGGCUCAACAGGCUCAAAAUCAAGGCCAAGGCUUUGCCCAAAAUCCUAUAAUAGUUCAACAAGGACCUGGUUUUCUUCAGGAACCGAUUAAUCAAUAUCAACCUGUCCAACGUGUACAACCCGUCCAACCUAUCCAACCUGUUGAUCCCGCUCAAAACGAGGAGCCUGAUCAAAAUGAUGAGCGUGAUGUUGAACCUCUCGAAAGACAACCUAAACAAGGCCAAAACUUCCCCAAAAUUCAAGCGCAGAGGGUAAUUUUACAGCGUCAACCAUUAAAUCAGAUUCAACCGGAUCAGUUCCAACAGUCUCAAUUUCAAUUCCAACCUCAACCGAUACAACUGCAACCCCAAGCGGUGCAAUCGAAUCAAUUCCCACAACAAGUUCAAUAUCAACCUCAACCACAGUUCCAAGUUCAACCACAAUUAGCGCAACCCAAUCAAUACCCACAGCCACAACUGCAAUUCCAACCUCAACCGGCUCAGCCUGAUCAAUUCCAACAACCACAGUUACAGUUCCAACCUCAACCUAUUCAACCAAAUCAAUUUCCUCAACCGCAGUUGCAGUUCCAACCUCAACCUGUUCAGCCAAAUCAAUUCCCUCAGCCACAAUUGCAGUUCCAGCCUCAACCGCAGCCAAAGCAAUUCUUACAACCAGAGCGACCGAAAGACGUUGAAGAAAUCGAACCAACAGACCAACAAGUCGUCUAUCAAAACUACCAACCUCAGUUUUACCAGGCGCAGUUCCAACCGAAUCAAUAUCAGACUCCUGAACAACCUUUAUUUGUAGCCCAACCUCAGCCACAAGUUGCUUAUCAAAAUCAAGAGCAGUUUUAUCAGAAUCAGUAUCCACAGCAGCAAUAUCCUCAACAAGCUCCUCAAGAUGGUCAACCUUUACAAAGUGGUCUAGAUAUUAACCAACAAGGAAAUGACAUUGAACAAACAGAAGAAGAAGAGAAUGAUCAAGAGGGAGAAGGCCCUAGAGUGACUGCGGUCGCUACAGCAUUUGGCACAAGGACCCAGCCCCGAGUGUUCGCGCAGUAUGGAGCUCCUAUACCUAAAGUACAGGAAGAUCCUCGGUAUCAGACUACUACUGAAUCAGCACGGGAAGAACGUCAAGAUCAAGAUGCACCAGCAGUGACCGAAGCUACAGCUGUUGCCACUGGAAGGAGAAACGCAAAACUCAGGAGUCGCCGAGUUCGACCGAUUUUCACGUUGGACCGAUCUGGACAUUUAGUGCUGGCCCAACAGCAAUAAUAUUACAAACCUUUACUAGACCUUUAUGAAAUGUCCAAAAUUAGUUAAUCUACAACCGAUUUCCAGUCAAGAUAUUUGCACAUACCUAUUUAUUGCAGCUUUUUAUACAACUUGUCCAAAACAAACAUCACCCAUCCCAUAGUCUCAUUCAAUGAGACAAUUGAAUAAAUAAUUUAUUAACAAACAUAAAUAUAAAAUUCCUUCUUUUAUUAUCCCUCUAACUUUGCCUGAGACUUUGUCCAUCUAAGUUGACCGGUGUUCAGUCAAUGACAGUGGAUCAAUCAGAUUUUUAAAAGAUGACGUGAUAAUUUUUUCACAUCAUUUAGUCUGAUUGGUCGC